AUGAAUCAAUUACUGAGCCCCACUCAGGAGUCAAUGGUGCUUGUGGCUCGACCAUCUGUAGCUCCGGGUAGACCCGUGGAGCAUUUGGAGCAGCCGGCCGGAGGAGUCGAGCAGCCGGGGCUCUUGGAGCCGCUGAAUUUCCGACCAAAGUACCCCCCAAGUACCGCCACGACGUUGGCCUACUACAGUAUGGAGAACGGGGUGUUCGGGGGCCACCACCACCACCACGUACUCCGGGGGCUCGACCAGGGUGGGGGCGCUGGUGGCGGUGGUGGUGGUGCUGCCGAGCUCAACCUGCAGGACCUAGUGAGCGGCAUCGGGAGCGCCUCCCCGGCCAACGUUGCCGCCGGAGCCGCAGCAGCAGCCGCCGCCGCCGCCCAACAGCACCUCCAUCAGCAUGCUAACGAUCACUUGCACGGGGCGAUACAGGCGGCAACAGCGGGGCACCAUCCGGAUCACAUACACGCGGCUGCCACAGCAUCCUACAAUGGCACGCAUCCUGCCCAAGUGCUGCACGAGCCGCUCGAGAGGCUUAGACAAUGGGCGCAGAGCGACUUCAGAGAUGAAACGACCAACGGCCUGGCCAGACUAGACACAGCACACACGCCGGGUGGCAGCAAUCCCAGUACGCCAGGUGCGACCUCGACGACACCGUCCCACGGUUUCUCAGCGACACAGCCACGGAAUCGCAAUAACGUUGGGCAGAGGAACGACGUUCGAAAAGGUGUGCGCACGCCGAUAGAAGUGAAGCACGAGCUGACGGGUGGAGGCACGGUGGUGUCACCGGGGGUCGACUCGGACGACAAGGACGGUAAAAAGGGCAAACGGCAGAGGCGACAGAGGACGCACUUCACAUCACAACAGCUUGCUGAGCUCGAAGCGACUUUCAAUAGGAAUCGGUAUCCGGACAUGACCACCAGAGAGGAGAUCGCCAUGUGGACGAAUCUUUCAGAGGCGCGAGUCAGGGUCUGGUUCAAAAACCGUCGAGCAAAGUGGCGCAAGCGAGAGCGAAACGCCUUGAACGCAGCUGCCGCGGCCGCCGAAAACUUCAAGACCGGCUUCCCGACGUCCGCCAGCUUGAACAGCUUCAUGGGCCAGCCUUUCCCCGACGCGGAGUCACUCUACAACUACAGUUCCUACAACAACUGGGCGACGAAGGUGCCCUCGCCCCUCAACAGCAAGCCCUUCACCUGGCCGGUCAACCCACUGAGCAGCGUAGUCCAGACGAGUGGCCACCACCCCCACCAUCCCCAAGUCAGUCCGUGCUUCAACACGACGAGUUCGUUGUCGGGCAGCCACGUUGGCGGUAUGUCUGUCUCGGUGGGUCAGGCACCCACCUCCAUGAUCCCCGGUAUGGGCUCGGGUCUAGGUGUGGCUGGCUCGCCGGUCGCCGGAACGGGCGCCACCUGUCAUUACGGGGGCCCGGCCGCUCCCCAUCAUCCCUACGGCCCACCAGUCUACUCGCACCACAGGGCCAGCGCCGCCUCUGAGACUACCCACCUGUCCACCAGUAUAGCCUCGCUGCGGCUCAAGGCCAAACAGCACGCCAACAGCUACAGCACAAGUUUUGGGGUGGGCAGCAGUGUCAGUGCCAACAACGGCGCCACGACGGCCAGCGGCAACAACGGGAGCAUCAGCCCGGUGAGCUCAAGAGCCUCGUCGGGUGGUGGUGGUAGCCUCAGUGCCUGCCAAUACGCCCUGGCGGCGGCGGCGGGUGGUGGCAAUCCACACUCGCCGGGAGCCGAGCACGCCAACGCCACCGCCAGGAGUCAAGUUUGAGGCGAGCCGGGGGCUUCUUCGAGCAGCCCCCACAACCAGCAUAGCAGCAACAUUGCCGAUAGCAACAAUAGCAGCAGCAACGCCACCACCGGCCAAGUGGCUGCGUCGGAGGAGCUACAGAGGCCGCCGGGGGGCGAGCCGGGCACGCCGGGCGAGUGACACAGGCCCCG